AUGGAAAAACCCACAACAAGCUCAACGUGUCAAUGGGUCGACUUGUCGCGAUUGGCGAUCUCCACGGCGGUUUGGAGAAGUCGAAGCAAGCAUUACGACAUAAACGACUCUGGCGAUUGGACCGCCGAGUCAAUGACCAUGGUUGAAGUCGACGAUGUACUUGAUCACGGCGGCAAUGAGAUUAAAAUACUCUAUUUUCUCGAGAGAUUUCAAUGGCAAGUGGUGAAAGCCAACGGCAAAGUCAUCACCAUGAACAGCAACCACGAGACCUUGAACGUGGAAAGAGACUUCCUGUACAUGUCGGAAUCGGGUUGUGAAGAGUUUAGGGUUUGGGCGCACAACAACAUGAUGCGUCAAGAGCCAUUGAAAUCCUCCAUCGACAUCCAACCCAAAUGGAACAUGCUUGACCAGAUCCCCUUCUCCACCUUCUGUUCUUGUUCUUAUGUUUCUGAAAGAGAAAACGUUAACUUUAUUGUAUCUUCACUUUUAUCUUCUCUUCUAGAAGGUUUCACACAUGAAAUUACUGCUUCUAAAAGAGCUUGA